AUGGCAAUAUGUCAUCAAGAGACAGAGAGGAAUGAAGGGAGGCCCUUAGAGCAAGGAGAAGCCGAAAAACAUACCUGUGAGAAACAGGAUGACAAAAUCUUCAGUCGAAACAGCUGGGAGAGAAUGCCCAGAGAAAAUGCUCGUAACCUUUCUAAGGGUCAAAAAAUGGAAGCUGAAAAAAAGCCAUCCCAACCUAAUGAGGACAGUGAACGCUGGGAGUCCAUUUUUGAGCUGAAGAAACAAAUGAGAAUAGAUUCGGCCAUGGAUGGUCAGGAUGGGCUGCAUCAAAAAGUUGAUCAAAGUAGUCUGCAGAGGAUCCCUGUUGGAGAGAAACCAUUCGAAUGUUCCACAUGUGGGCACGAUUCCAGUCAGACCUUAGAUCUGAGGGGAGGAAGUCUUUGUAUAUGUUUGAAUUGUGGUAAAAGCUUUCUCUCCAGUUCAUCCACAGGGAAGCAAGAGAGUGCAUAUGGCGAAGAGAAUCCAUCCAGACAUUCAGAACGUGAGAAGAGGACCCCACAGCCUCCUGACUUUCAGAUGGGAGAGAAACCAUACAUGUGCACGGAUUGUGGGAAAAACUUCAGCUUUAGGUCAAGCCUUGUCCGCCAUCAGAGACUCCAUACCGGAGAGAAACCAUACAAAUGUUUAGACUGUGGGAAGAAUUUCAGCCAGAGUUCAAACCUUCUGAACCACCAGAGGAUCCACACAGGGGAGAAACCAUACAGCUGCACCGACUGUGGGAAAUCUUUCAGCAACAGUUCGAGCCUGACAUCCCACGAGAGAAUUCACAGAGGGGAGAAACCGUAUAAGUGCGCCGGCUGCGGGAAAUUUUUUAGUUGCAACUCAGUUCUCCGAAUCCACGAGAGGAUUCACACAGGGGAAAAGCCCUACGUGUGCUUGGAGUGUGGGAAAGGCUUCAGCCGGAGAGAGUUCCUGGUUGGCCACCAAAGAACUCACACGGGAGAGAAACCGUACGAAUGUGCAGAAUGUGGGAAGAGCUUCAGUCAGCGAUCCAACCUGAUUAAUCAUCAGAGAAGCCACACGGGAGAGAAGCCCUUUGAGUGCUUGGACUGUGGGAAAAAAUUCAGUCACAAAGCGUCCCUCUUGAAACAUGAGAGAAACCACGCGCAUGGGCCAACCGUGGACAAGGAUUUAGCCAGAGCUGAUGCAAUAAUGCAUGUGGUGGACCAUAGCAUGAAUGUGGGGUAG